AUGACAGAAUUCAAGAUCAGGAAGUCAAAACUGAGGAAAUCUGUUGAGCGGGGAGUGUUUGUGGGAGAAAUAAAACACAAUGUCUCUAAAAAGGACAUAUGGGAUUAUGGGGGUCAGAGAGGUGGUCGGGAUUUAGGGGAAGAGGUAAAGGAACUCAUGGGAGAGAAGAAAAGGAUAUAUGAAAGCAAGCCUACCACUACAAUGGACGUUACAGAUUUAAUUGGCAAGCAUCCUGUGACCUUUUCAGCCUGGCAGUUCAUUGGGGUAGCUUCGUUUCUUUGCUUGGCAACUGCGGCUCUCCCUUGGGCAGUGGAAGUGGAAGUUUCAGAGAAGUGGCCUACAACUUCGGUGUUGGGUAAAAGAAAAGGGCCUGAACCAAGCAGACUGCUCGUAAAUCCACUGGUGGGAAAGGACACUCCCCCGUCCCCAACAAGCCGCCCCCGCAAACAGCUGACCGCGAAAGUCGCCAGGAAAAGCACCCCCUCUACCGGCGGGGUGAAGAAGCCUUAUAGCUACGAGCCUGGGACUGUGGAGCUUUGAGAAAUUCGUUGUUACCAGAAGUCGACCGAGCUGCUCAUCUGGAAGCUGCCUUUCCAGAGGUUGGUGAGGGAGAUCACGCAGGCUUUCAAAACCGACCGGAGGUUUCAGAGCGCUGCCAUCCGUGCGCUGCAGGAGGCUAACAAAGCGUACCUGGUGGGUCCGUUCGAAGAUACUAACUGUGCUAUCCACGCUAAAAGAGUCACCAUCAUACCCAAAGACAUCCAGUUGGCUUGCCGGAUACGGGGAGAGAGACGUUAAGUAAAGGCAGUUUUGGUGUUUUGUAGUAAAUUCUGUAAAAUACUUUGGUUUAAUUUGUGACUUUUUUUGUAAGAAAUUGUUUAUAAUAUGUUGCAUUUCUACUUAAGUCAUUCCAUCUUUCACUCAGGAUGAAUGUGAAAAGUGACUGUUCAUAGACCUCAGUGAGGUGAGCACUGUUGCUCAGGAGUGACAAGUUGCUAAUAUGCAGAAGGGAUGGGUGAUAUUUCUUGCUUCUCAUGAUGCAUGUUUCUGUAUGUUAAUUACAUGUUGCAUAGCCAUUAAGGUACUAGAAUUGAUAAAUGUGUACAGGGUCCUUUUGCAAUAAAACUGGUUAUGACAUGAUCCAAGUGUUUAACAAUUGGGGCUGUUAAGUCUGACCGUACAUCAUUGUGAUAGAAUGUGGGCUUUUUCAAGAGUGAAGAUACAAGUCUUAACCACAGAGUAACUUACAGUUUCCUUUAAAAAAAAAAAAAAAAAAAAAGUAAACCUGGCAGCUACAGAAUACACCAUGUGCAUUUAUAAUAGCUAUUUAAUAUACUGUAGUGUCAACGUUUUUAAAUUAAAUGUCUUACAUUCACAAAUGGUGGGGAGUGUUGUCAUUAAGGUGUGUGUAAUUUAAAGUCCAGUUGGUUUUCUUCUGACUGCACUUGUUUUCAUAGUAGUAAAAUGCUAUGCGCAUUUAUACCUCACAUAAGUCCUCACUCGACAACAUGUUAACUAACCCUCUAGUUGAUAAUGCAAACACUAACGGGGGGAUUUUAUUUAUAAGGGCUCUAGAAUAAAAUACGAGUUAUUUACA